GUAGGAACAUGUCGCCAGCUACAGUUCUACGGCACUGUUCAUGGAAAGCGCCUCAAAAAUCACUUGAUUCGUACUGUUGACGUCACUGGUGAACGACCCUGCCGGACUUUGUGCUACAUGGAACCAAACUGCGUCAGUUAUAACUUUAACAAAGUCACAAGGAAAUGUGAGCUGAAUAAUUCCACUUUAAGUGAAAGAGGGGGAAGAAUGGAGACAAAUCCUGAUUAUGUAUACUGUGAAGCUGAGGUACAAAUUAUCUACUUAAAGGAAAUAAGCUUACAGCCCAAGGAAAUAUUAAGGGAUGUCUGUUUUCUUUUCUUGUCCCAGAACGGAUGUGCGAAUAAACCUUGCAAGAACAAAGCAACCUGUCAAACCGGUUUUACAGGUAAAGGCUACCGCUGUUUGUGCCCUGCUGAAUUUGACGGGGAUCACUGUGAGAAUGGUAAGUUAUUGAAAAUAAUGGAUAAUUUGGAUUCACCACCAUUUUUCCAAGUUUCUUGCAAAAUACGCUGGAAUAACGUACAAAAUAAUCUUCGAAAAUUAAGGCUGAAAGGCAUGACUUAACUUUUUCGCCGUUUUGUAAGCGAUUUCAAGUUCCCAAAUAUCCCGACGCCUUGAAGUUUCAGACUUUCAGUGCAGUUUCUACUCGUUCUACAGUUCGAAUAUUUUUUACAGUUUUUACGUCAGUUUUUGUAUAGUCAAUUUGAAUGGGCAUAGAAAUAAACGGAUAAAAUAAAUGAAUCAUUUGACAUUUAAGAUAUCAUGUCCACGAAGUUGUGGAUCGAAUUCGGAAUUGAGAAAUGCUGGUGUGUGGCCAUUUUCAACCUGAGUCUUCUGUAUUUUUGUUUUCCGGAGUAGGUACCAACCAUGAAUUUCUCGUGUUUUUCCUCUGAUUAAUAUAGCCAUAGAUUGAUAACAAACUGUUUUUGUAGACAUUGACGAAUGUGCCAUAAAUACCCACAAGUGCGGUGCCAAUGCCAUCUGCAAUAAUACCAAGGGAGGAUACAACUGCACUUGUCAUCCGGGAUAUUAUAGAGAUGGAACGAAUUGUGAACCAGGUGAGAUGGCAGCAUUCGUAUCACGGCAAAUUAGAUGAUGCUUGACAAUUUGUGUUAUAACUUACUGCAUUACACACACACACACUCACUAUCUGUCUUCUCAUUGGCUAAGAGCCUACAGUUAAUUUUGAAAAUAAACGCAAUCUACAGAUUAUAUCUGCUAGCAGAUAGCUGACAAAUCUGUACGUUGCGCGUGCAAAAUAACUACUAGCUAGAUUCGGUUUUGUGAUAUCCGAAGUAAUCGACGCGACCAACCAACUGGAUGUACGACUUAUGACUCGCACGUUGAAGCAUCUUAGAAUCUCUAUUGAUAACCUUCCUUCUUUUAUUUUGUGA